GCUCUACUAAGUUGAUCAUCUAAGUGCUAUUUUAACGUGCGACAAAUAGUGUCCAAAUACCUAAAUACCUUAAGGUACCUAGGCAGCAUUGGCCCAGGUCAUAGCGAUAAGCCGACCGACCCCCCACUCUUGAGGUCUGGACGCCGAGAGUUUAGAGACGACGAUUUCCGCCUGAAUCAAUUUGAUCUAUAGACAAUUACUCCUCUCCUCGUGUCUUCCGUCAAUAGUCGAAGCUUUCUCUGCCCGUGGUGACGGGUGCCUCUUAUUACGAUCGAAAGGCGAUGCUUCUGUGACCUGGUCGUCUGAAUCUCCAGUCAAACACUUAGCGCCACUUGUCCACUCAAUCCUACGACGAAGGCAAGUCAAACAAAUAUAAAGAUGGCAACAGAUACAGAAAAAGGUGACGAAGAGACCAUCAAAGUGGCCUCGAAGAAAGUCACCAAAGACAGAUCACACGGAGUGAUUAAACUUAAGAAACCAGUGCCAAAGCAUAACAAGCCUGGUGUUUGGAGAGAUGGCAGCGCCAUUGACGACGAGAAACGAAAGAGGGAAAAUGCCAGCACAGACCUACCGUCUCCCGGGCCCGUUGUCAAUCCUUUUGACGAUACUGCAAGAGAGGCAUUUACUACCGGGAGACCGCUCGAAGAUAAUCCAGACUUGCAACAAUGCAAGCAUUGCCGAAAGAGUAUUCUCAAAACAGCAGCCAAGGCCCACGUUACUCAAUGCCUCCGAUUAAAGAAAGAAAAGGCUCAAAGGAAAAAGGAAGCAAGAGAAGCAAGGGAACGAGCUAGAGAAGCUGCGAGAGAGGAGGAGGCGAGGAGGGCGGGCGAGGAAGCUGACGGUAAAGGCGACGACGACAGCGAUGGCGACGACGAUGCGGAGAAGAAAGGUGCGGGUGGGGGUAAGAACGCAAAGAAAGCCACGGGAAGAAAAACAGAUGAGAUUGCCAAAGGAAAGAAACGGAAAGCAGAAGGUGAUGCAGAUAAGGGACCCAAGCAGAAGAAGAAAAAGGAGGAGUCGAAAGCCAAAGUCCCCAAACCCAAAGGGCCCGUCGAUGUUGAGCGCCAAUGUGGUGUACUCCUUCCGAACGGGAUGCCUUGCGCCAGGUCCCUGACAUGCAAGAGCCAUAGUAUGGGCGCCAAACGUGCCGUAGCAGGACGGUCGUUGCCCUAUGACAUGCUGUUAGCAGCGUACCAAAAGAAGAAUCAAGCGAAACAGCAGAAGGCUGCCCUCGAUGCAAACGCCCCCCUCGAGGAUGACGACGAGGCGAAUGCAGGACCCGUCGAUUCGGACGAGGAGACGACCGUCGUAAUGACGGCCUUGGCACAUUGGGCACCGCGUCCCCCAGUACCUCAGCCGAUUAUAAAUCCCAUUAAGCGAAACUAUCAACUUGCUCGGCUGCACGAGCAAUUACAGAUGGCCACAAAUGGAGGACGCACCAACAUUUUCCGCGUUGUCGGCUAUGGAUCCCAAAAACUGGCGGACGGGCAUCAAUGUUCUGAUACGGACUUGGAUGAUGCGCCGGGAGAAUCAGACUCGGCGGUCGUGGGUUUCAAUGCAGGGAGGAGGCCAUCGAGUCUCGGCAUACAAAAUCAGCAUCAGAGCCGACCGCCCGUGGCAAGUCCAAGCCUACCCGCACAGAGCCGCACCCACAAUCUCCACGCAACCCCAACACUAUAA